AACCAGCAGAUCGAAUCGGCGAUACGGCUGAUCAUGAAGACUUGCCAAGAAGAGCCCCAGAAGAGGAUACUGGUCGAUGCGGGCAUCCUGGAUUUGCUGGCUGACAAGCUUGCUGCUGUUGCGGUCAUGGACGAUCGCAUCCCUGCAUCGGAGAUGAGGCAGCCGAGUCGCGAGCAGCUUCCUCGCGCCUGUCUAUCAGACAUUCUAGAAGCCAUCUCAGCCAUUAUCAAGGACUCGCAUUUCUACACAGCGCGAUUCCUCUACUCGCAGUCGGUACAACGGCUCUUUGGCUGGCCAAAGGAACGCCCAACAGGCCUCGAUGGAAGUAGCACUUCGCAAGCACCAUCGUGGGACAAGUUGAUACCGCGAGUGCAGACAAUGGCCAGCAAAUCAGAUCCAUACAUCAAGCAAUGGCCAGCUCUUGGUGCCUACUCCUCGGCAGCUGGAGAUGGCUACUCUCGGCUUCCAAGCAUGGAGUCGUUGCAACAUACCUCAAGUAGGAGCGUCAUUUCGGAUGAAUCUGAGACUCCACUGUUCAUCUGGCUCAUGUACGUGGCGAGGCGGGGCGAAUCUAGAGAGCGUUUGUCCGCUUGUUGGUUGUUGGCGCUGCUCAAGAAGUUUGGUGAGCGGUGGCCGCUGAAUGAUCCGUCAAAGGCGACGCGCGAGAGGCACUUUUCGUAUUUGAUCAUCCCGCUAGUCGAGAAGAUGAUUGAGGAUUCCAGCCCGACGUCAGAGCAAGCGAAGAAGGCUAGUACCAUGAGCCAGGCGGCCAGAGAUGAGCUGCGCUUUGUGCUAGAGCGCUCGCCGCUUGUCCUUGCCGAGCUCGUUACCGGAAACAAGUCACUUCAGGCGGCCGCUGUUCAUACUCGGACCCUGCCCACGCUCAUACAGAUUUUGAAAAAGUCGUUUGACAUACCGACGACGGCGUCAAAACCCCUCUGGCAACCCAAACCAACUUCUCACGAGGUCAAAGAUGCAAACAUUGACCCUGCAUCGUCAACAUUGGGCAGAGCUGGGCUUAGCCCCGACGUCUUGCAUGCGUUCAGAUACCGCGAAAGCGUCCUCCUGGCAUUGGCAGCAAUGGCAGGUGACCAAGAUUCUCUGAGGAAGAUGGUGAUUGAGAUGGGCGCAGCUGCGCACAUCAUAGAAGCCCUAGUCCCAUACAACGAGAACAGUGAACAGGGGGCAUCGUCACCUAAGGAUGGCAAUCCCGAUGCUGUUCUUAUUGCUGCAUGUAAGGUCACACGAUCGUUGUCAAGAUCGGUCAGCGUCCUCAGAACCAGUCUGAUUGACCAUGGUGUCGCGCAGCCCAUCUUUGAGCUUUUGACACAUCCAAACGUCAAGGUGCAGAUUGCGGCUACAGAAGUCAUUACCAACCUGGUGUUGGAUGUGUCACCUAUGCGAACUGAGAUUCUUGAAUCCGGAGUCUUGGGCACGCUCUGCGAACAAUGUCGGUCGGCCAACUUUGACCUUCGUUUUGGUAGCCUCUGGGCGUUGAAGCACCUGUGCCUUGGAUUACCUCAUGCCAUGAAGAUGCAGUGUCUAGAGGAACUUGGAGUAGGCUGGCUAGUGCAAGUCCUGAACGGAGAGCCAUCCAAGCCUGCCAUGAGCACACCAAAUGCAGCGGGAGAGCAAGUCGAUAUCCUCAAUGCGGUCGAUGAGCCGCACAUGGAUGUGGACGACGAACCGCCUUCGGACGAGGAUGAUGAUGAGAUGACGGAGAGCAUACCAUCGAUGCGGCGGCAUCAGCGUCAUGGCUCUCGAUACACAAGCGCAACCAACAUUCGAGACAGACUACAGCAAAUCAAAAACGAUGAGCAGGAUGUCCGAUUGAACGGGGAGCGCGACGACAUUCGUAUACAAGAGCAAGCCCUCGACUUUAUCCGCAACUUUGUGUCAGAGGACAAGGCAUCUGGCGAGAUGAUUGACCACUUGCUCAAGACGUUUGGCCACAGCCGAUUCUUUGAGAUUCUCGAUGCCAAAAUCCGGCCAAAGCACUCUUCGUCAGCAUCCUCAUCACAGACACACACCAGCUCCGGCUCACCCAACUACUGGCCAGCCAGCAGCCACCGUACGCCCCUGGUCUCGUCUACGAACCAGCUCGGCCAGCCGAACUGGGCGGCAUACCCUGCUUCGGAGCUGAUCCUAGCCACCAUCUAUAUCCUGAUCCACCUCGCCAACGGCCGCCCUCAACACCGCUCUCUUCUCAUCUCACAAACCACACUGAUGCAGCACGUGCUCCCGCUCUUUACACACCCCCGGCGCGACAUCCGCGUAGCAUGCGCAUGGAUGCUGCACAAUCUCGUGUGGGUCGAGGACCACACAGACGAAGCGGCAACGCGCGAACGCGCCAGCAGCCUCCGCCAGCUGGGCUUCGAAGAAGGCGCCAAGCAGCUGAGCCGCGACAUGGACCUCGACGUCAAGCAGCGAGCUGUAGUCAGCGUGGAGCAAUUCGACAAGCUACUAAACGGAGGUAGCAGCAGUCAUGCCCGCAGUGGGUUCGCCAGCCCCAGUGGAUUUGGCCCUAGUUCUGGUGGUGGUGGUGGCGGAGGCGGCGGUGGCGGAGGCGGAGAGGGAAGUGGUGGGUUGGGUGGCAUGAGCAGUAGAUUGAGCGGACUUCAUGGCUGGAGACAUGAUUCCAGGGGUUGACAAGCAUGGCUUUAGUUUGCAUGCAUGUAAUGUGGUAUUGUUUUUUUUUUGCGCAUGACUUGGACGCAAAAUAGAAUUAAGUAGUACUAAGUAGUACUAGUAGUGGGUUAUUAUUGUUCUUCCUACUUGUCUUCUUG